ACAUCUCUCCCUACAUACCUAUCUCUCUUUCUCUCUAACCUAUUUGUCAUAUGUCUCUAUAGAUGAUAGAUCGUUUUAUAGAUUCCUAUGGCAGAACUUGAUGACUAUGAUACUAAACCUAACAACAGUACUACAACAAGAAGUUUAAAGCUCUUUGGGUUCAACGUACAUGAAGAAGAUGAAGACAUGAUAGAAUCAACCAAAACACCAACUGUAUACUCCGAUGGUCGGAAAUACGAGUGUAAGUAUUGCUGUCGGGAGUUCGCAAACUCACAGGCUCUCGGUGGCCACCAGAACGCACAUAAGAAAGAACGCCAACAGUUGAAGCGUGCUCAAAUUCAAGCCAAUCGUAAUGCAUACAUCCGAAACCCGAUCAUCUCCGCCUUCACUCAACCACCUCACCUCUUGUCACACGGCGGCCAUCGGAUGAUACUACCGUCCACCGGCCUUCCGUCUCCGACGUGGGUCUACAUUCCACGCGGCUCUCCCCCCUUCCAAGUGACACACGGAUGCGUGUUACCAGGUUCUUCGUUAUCUCCGGGUGGCGGGAGAGGACCAUAUGCCGGCGCCGUCGUAGGGGAGUCGUCGGCGUCAAGUGUCAUAAGCUCUAGGCCUCAGCCGAAUAACCGAGCUCGUCAUGGGGACGGUGGAGCCGGCUUUGGUGACACAUUCGGACUUGACUUGCAUCUGAGGCUUUAGCCGAGCCACGGCUUGAGUUUUGACGACUCGAAUCUUGUAAAUUGAAUUUAUGAUUUUUGUUAUAUUUUCGAGGAAUUUAAUUAUUAUUAGUUGGAUAGUUGGAAUGAAUAAAUCGAGAUGUAGUAAAAUUGUGAAAACUUGUACAUGCUUACAUUAGUUAUAUCUCAAGUUGGUACAAUGUGGAUUAUAAUUUCCAACACUAAUCAUGUUUUCUUUUGAUAAUAAAUCAAUCCCUUUUUCUUUA